CGCAUAGGUUAGAGGUCACGCGCAAGAUGGCGGCCUGCGGGAGCUUGGAGUGGCUGCGGAGCCGCGCGUCUGUGUGACAGGAGCUCGGCGCCGGCGGCGGCCAGGGCCGCAUCAGGGGCCGCAUUUGAGGCAGCGGCAGCGCGGCGAAGCCGGGCCAGGCGCCCAGCAGCCCCGGCGGUGGGGCACGACCUGCAGCGCGCGGUGCAGGCACCGGGAAUGCGCCGCGGGCCCGCCCCAUGCCGCCGACGGGCUCCGAGCCCCCCAGGAUGAACAAGAAGAAGGGCGACAAGGGCUUCGAGAGCCCGAGGCCCUAUAAAUUAACUCAUCAGGUUGUCUGCAUCAACAACAUAAAUUUCCAGAGAAAAUCGGUUGUGGGGUUUGUGGAGCUGACUAUAUUUCCUACAGUCACAAACUUGAAUAGAAUCAAGUUGAACAGCAAACAGUGUCGCAUAUACCGAGUAAGGAUCAACGACUUAGAGGCUGCUUUUAUUUAUAAUGAUCCGACCUUAGCAGUUUGUCACAGUGAAUCCAAACAGAGAAACCUCAAUUACUUUUCCAACGCGUAUGCAGCCGCGGUCAGCGCCGUGGACCCUGAUGCGGGAAAUGGAGAGCUGUGCAUUAAGGUUCCCUCGGAGCUGUGGAAGCACGUGGACGAGCUGAAGGUCCUGAAGAUCCACAUCAACUUCUCCCUGGAUCAGCCCAAAGGAGGCCUGCACUUCGUGGUGCCCAGCGUGGAGGGCAGCAUGGCGGAGCGGGGUGCCCAUGUCUUCUCCUGCGGAUACCAGAACUCCACCAGGUUCUGGUUCCCAUGUGUGGAUUCCUACUCUGAGCUGUGCACCUGGAAGCUGGAGUUCACGGUGGACGCCGCCAUGGUGGCCAUCUCCAAUGGAGACCUGGUGGAGACGGUCUAUACCCACGACAUGAGGAAGAAGACCUUCCACUACAUGCUCACCAUCCCCACCGCCGCCUCCAACAUCUCCCUGGCCAUCGGGCCCUUCGAGAUCCUGGUGGACCCUUACAUGCACGAGGUCACUCACUUCUGUUUGCCCCAACUUCUCCCGCUGCUGAAACACACCACGUCCUACCUCCACGAAGUCUUCGAGUUCUACGAGGAGAUCCUCACGUGUCGGUACCCGUACUCCUGCUUUAAGACCGUGUUCAUCGACGAGGCGUACGUGGAAGUGGCCGCCUACGCCUCCAUGAGCAUUUUCAGCACCAACCUCCUGCACAGCGCCAUGAUCAUCGACGAGACCCCUCUGACCAGGCGAUGCCUCGCCCAGGCCCUGGCGCAGCAGUUCUUCGGCUGUUUCAUAUCCAGAAUGUCCUGGUCUGAUGAGUGGGUGCUGAAGGGCAUCUCAGGUUAUAUUUAUGGGCUCUGGAUGAAGAAGACCUUCGGCGUGAAUGAGUACCGCCACUGGAUCAAAGAGGAGCUGGAUAAAAUAGUGGCCUAUGAGCUGAAAACUGGGGGAGUUCUACUGCAUCCCAUCUUCGGCGGAGGGAAAGAGAAGGAUAAUCCGGCGUCGCACCUGCACUUCUCCAUCAAGCACCCGCACACGCUGUCCUGGGAGUACUACACCAUGUUCCAGUGCAAGGCGCACCUGGUGAUGCGGCUGAUCGAGAACAGGAUCAGCAUGGAGUUCAUGCUGCAGGUUUUCAAUAAGCUGCUGAGCCUGGCGAGCACUGCGUCGUCCCAGAAGUUCCAGUCGCAUAUGUGGAGCCAGAUGUUGGUGUCCACAUCGGGCUUUCUGAAAUCUAUUUCAAAUGUCUCUGGCAAAGACAUCCAGCCCUUAAUAAAGCAGUGGGUAGACCAGAGUGGAGUGGUGAAAUUUUACGGAAGUUUUGCAUUUAAUAGAAAACGCAACGUGUUGGAGUUAGAGAUCAAACAGGACUACACCUCUCCUGGGACCCAGAAGUACGUGGGACCCCUUAAAGUGACGGUGCAGGAGCUGGAUGGGUCCUUCAACCACACCCUGCAGAUCGAAGAAAACAGCCUGAAGCACGACAUUCCCUGCCACUCCAAAAGCAGAAGGAAUAAAAAAAAGAAGAUCCCGCUGAUGAACGGAGAAGAAGUGGAUAUGGAUCUCUCUGCAAUGGACGCCGACUCGCCCCUGCUGUGGAUCCGCAUCGACCCCGACAUGGCGGUGCUGAGGCGGGUGGAGUUCGAGCAGGCCGACUUCAUGUGGCAGUACCAGCUGCGCUAUGAGCGCGACGUGGUGGCGCAGCAGGAGUCCAUCCUGGCGCUGGAGAAGUUCCCCACGCCCGCGUCGCGCCUGGCGCUCACCGACAUCUUGGAGCAGGAGCAGUGCUUCUACCGCGUGCGCAUGGCCGCCUGCUUCUGCCUGGCCAAGAUCGCCAAUUCCAUGGUGAGCACGUGGACGGGACCCCCGGCCAUGAAGUCCCUCUUCACCAGGAUGUUCUGCUGCAAGACCUGCCCAAACAUCGUGAAGACCAACAACUUCAUGAGUUUCCAGAGCUACUUUCUGCAAAAGACUAUGCCCGUUGCGAUGGCUUUAUUAAGAGAUGUGCAUAACCUUUGUCCCAAGGAGGUGCUCACGUUUAUUCUGGACCUGAUCAAGUACAAUGACAACAGGAAGAACAAGUUUUCAGACAACUAUUAUCGCGCAGAAAUGAUUGAUGCCCUGGCCAACUCCGUCACGCCUGCUGUCAGCGUGAAUAAUGAAGUUAGGACUCUGGAUAACUUAAAUCCGGAUGUGCGACUAAUUCUGGAAGAAAUCACAAGGUUUUUGAAUAUGGAAAAGCUUCUUCCAAGCUAUAGACAUACCAUCACUGUCAGUUGCUUGAGAGCCAUCCGCGUCCUUCAGAAGAACGGGCACGUGCCGAGCGACCCCACCCUUUUUAAAUCAUACGCCGAGUACGGCCACUUCGUGGACAUCAGGAUAGCAGCUCUGGAGGCGGUGGUUGAUUAUACCAGAGUGGACAGAAGUUACGAGGAGCUGCAGUGGCUGCUGAGCAUGAUUCAGAGCGACCCCGUGCCCUAUGUGCGGCAUAAAAUUCUCAACAUGCUGACCAGGAACCCGCCGUUUACAAAGAACAUGGAGUCUCCGCUGUGCAACGAAGCCCUGGUAGACCAGCUCUGGAAACUCAUGAAUUCUGGUACCUCACACGACUGGCGGCUGCGCUGCGGUGCUGUGGACCUGUACUUCACGCUCUUCGGCCUCAGCCGGCCCUCCUGCCUGCCCCUGCCGGAGCUUGGGCUGGUGCUCAACCUGAAGGAGAAGAAGGCCGUGCUGAACCCGACCAUAAUUCCAGAGGCCGUGGCGGGCAGCCAGGAAGCCACCAGCAACCCGGGCAGCCAUGCCCCGCUGGCUGGGUUUCCGCAUCCGUUCUCCAGCACCCAGGAUGAGGAGGAGGUGGACAUGGACACCGUACAUGACAGCCAGGCCUUCAUCUCCCACCACCUGAGCAUGCUGGAGAGGCCGUCCACGCCAGGGCUCUCUAAGUGCCGCCCGGCCAGCGCCCGCUCCGCCCUGCUGCCCCAGCGUGCACCAGGCUGUGAGGGCGCCCCUGCGCCAAAGCCGCCCUGGGCCCUGGACCUCGCUCGCAAGGCAGCAGGUAAGGAGCAGUCACCCCUGGAGAUGAGUGCGCACCCCGCGGUGGCUGCGGCCCCGCUGCCAGUGUUCCCAAAAGAGGCCACCGCCUCCAAGCAUGGCGAGCACCACCACCACCACCACCAUGAGCACAAGAAGAAGAAGAAGAAGCACAAGCACAAGCAUAAGCACAAGCACAAGCAUGACAGCAGGGACAAGGACAAGGAGCCCUUCACCUUCUCCAGCCCGGCCAGCGGCAGGAAUCUUUGAAAGACAGUCACCUGUUUUGUGAUGUCCGGCUCAGGGAAAGUCAGGUGACCUCAUCUGCGAGUGCAUCUUGCUGAACAUCUGGAGGGAGAUGACGCCAUUCAGCCGAGAACAUGGGCACCAAUGAGGACACAGGAAUGCAAACGAGGUCCAGUCUCGCUCCAUCUCUUGUAUGACUCCUGGAGAAGAGGGCUCCCCAGAUCUCUGACCGUGCAUCUGUGACCUGCUGCUCACCCCUGCUCCAAUGCCCACACCAGGUUGCUUCUCUGUCUGUACCUUUGCAAAGGGAUCAACAGAUUUUCAAGCAAGAGAGAUGCAGGCUGGUCGCUCAGCAGGGAGACUGAAAUCUUAAAGGCAGAGCUGUUUACAGUGGGGAGACACAGCCAGGAGGAGACAAACGAAAGUGUAAAACACACUCCUUCUCUGACCUGAUAAAUUCUUCACGCUUCACGGAUCUUCUGCCUGUAGUGCCACAUUUUCUGUUUGAUUCAGCAUUUCAUGGAGCUCUAUGAAUUCAUCAAAAACUGACAUCUGAUUUUCUAAUGUAAUGAGGCUGGGUAUUUAUGUGUUCUGUGUGUGUGUGUGUGUGUGUGUGACGUGGCCACAUGCAGGCCGGGGCUUCCCAAACAGCCUCCCCGUGGUGGGUGUGGCAGGGCGUCUAGAGGCCACCGGAGUCCCCUCAGCGCACCUCAGCGCACAUCAGGCGACUGGUGCAGGACUGUCCCACGGUCCUGGAACGCUGGUCUCUGACCACCGCUUACUGACUGCCAGUGCCCCGGAACAAUCAUGACUCUACUGCUUGCAGGGGAAGAGCCACUGCCGGACCAACAGCACUUUCUCCAGAGCCGUAGCUUAUAGGACACAAGGUCUCUCGGUCCAUUGCAAAGCACAGUCUGCCAUUCUUAAGGCGCUGGCCACCCGCCUGCAGCCUGCUUCCCCCACGUGCAUCUCUGCUUGUGCAUGCACUGCACCCUUUAUUUGAUAGAUGACGGAACCAGUAAGGGUUCCAGUACGUGAGGAGAACUGCUGUCUAGUAUUUACUGACUAUUGCUCUGUGUAGGUACUGAGAUAAAUUCAUGAGCAUGGAAAACAGUUUUUGCACGUGCAGAGCUUGGGAUUGUGCAGCUCAGUGAGCAGGAGGGUCCGCAUUUUAACCCAGAGCUGUCGGUUCAGGAAGAGCACGUCACUGCCUCUUUUGUCCACUGAAGCCACCCGAAUUGUCUUCAGAAAGAAGAGUCUGCCGAGCCAUGUUACUGGAAAUGAGAGAGCUGCAGCUGUCUGCAGGGGAGAGUGCCAGCCUGCCCCACCACUGCAGGCCAGAGUCUGCGGGGAUGGCGGGCCCUAGAGGAGCAUGGUGCGCAGUGUGGCCUCACCCGGACAGAGGCCUGGGGUCCGUCCCGCAUGGCUGGGCCUGGGCUGAGUAACUGGUCACCGCUUCCUCACUCUCCUAUCUGCCCCCACUCUGCUUCUGUCUUCCUCCCUCCCUUUCCUCCUGCUCACGCAGUAUUUUCGGACACCUCUUUCUCUGUGGUGUAAGACAAUGGUCACCAAAACCCAGAGUCUCUGACCUCAAGGGUCGCACCAGCCAGAAGCCCUCGACGCCCUUCCUCCUCGUCUGUGCGCCCGCAGGACUCCAGGCAUUAGCGGGUGCUUGCAGCACUCUGGCAGCACUUAUUUGGAAUGUGGGCCAGGACACUGAUGCACAGCCACUGAAGUGGCGCAAGUCUUACCUGGGCCAGCGUGUCGGUGCCCAGGCCAGUGUGUGGCUGGUGUGCAUGGCUUUGCACGGAUCAGCACUGCGUGAGGCAUCUCAUUCCACUUUCCUGCUGUCAGGCUCCGCGUGAGAAGCAGCCUCCAGGGAGCUUGGCCCCCACCCCAACAGGGACACCUACUUGCCUGACCCAGCUAUGCCGUGUCACAGAUGUAGGAGAGAAAGAGGAAAUGGCUCAGCAAAUUAAAUGACUCCAAAGGUUAAAAAUCCCUGUUAUUUCUCAAGAGAAACUUUUACCCCAAAACAUGUUCCUUGGGUGUGAACAGCCUUUCCCAUUUGGUUCUGAGUUGCCAAGGAGCACACAGGUCAUGUCAUUGUGUCCUGUGCUGCGUCCAGGAGCACAGUGGAGGGGGCACCCUGGUGGGUGAAGGAAAACAAGUCAAGACACAGAAAGCCAUGGUCUGGCGGAGCUUCCUCUCCUGGUGGGAGAAACGCUUGCCCAGCAACCACAGCACGUUUGCUUAUGCACCGGGAGGCUACUGUGAACUGCAAGCCCUCUGCUGAGCAGAGCAUCUCGUUUGCCCUGCUGGCCUGGGGUGCUCUGUGUCCUUGGGGCUGACCUUGCUGUUUGCCCCGCAGGUGUGAUGGUCUCCAGCUUCAGCUGCUCCCCACAAUCCUGUUUGAUUCUCACUGGCUCUUAACCCUCUAGCUCUAAGUAAAUCAUGCUUCGUACUUAAUAGGGACCCAGUUUGUACAACUUGAAUAUGAGGAAAGGUGACUUUAUCAGCUGAAAGGUAAAAAUACUGCAGAGUGACCACGGUUCUGGAAAAUGGAACCAGGGGCUUAGUACUGUGUCCCAAGCUUCUGACUUAAAACCUCAGCCAGCCGCACUGGAGCCAGCAUCUGAAAAAGUGAACAUCGGUGAGAUCGUCUCAAGGUGUCACAGCAGCAGUCACACUCCUGUGACAAUUCUGUCACCACUGCCUGGCACAUACACAGAGAAAUCUAGACUGUGGGUUACUUUUGUUUAAAUAUGAAUAGCCUGGAAUGAUUUUAUUUGAAUUUUCUAAAAAGACUUGUACUUCGGCCUCAGAGCAUCUGUGUGGACUUGCACAUAUAUGUACAGGGUUGUAUGUUGUUGGAUAAGUGAACAAGAGUUUUCAACUUAC